UUGCAGUCGUAUUUUGAUGUACAUAUUCUCAAAAACAGUAAAAAAUAGUAAUUCUUUUUAAAGCCUUAUGGAGCAGGAAGAAAUUUGUAAAAUAUGCAACGUCGCUUCCUCAAAAUAUUGCUGCCCAAGAUGUAACAUAUUGUACUGCUCUUUGGGAUGCUACAAAUCUGCACAACACGAGCAGUGCUCCGAGAGCUUCUACCGAGAAAAUGUCAUACAGGAAAUGGCUAUGACUCAGAAUGUUACCCAACAGGCUGCGGCAGGAGAGACGUCCCAAAGCAUGGUAGAAAUCCUUAAACGAUUGGACGGUUCCGUUACUGAGUGGAAUGACGACGACGACAACGAUGACAGCAACUGCUUAGCUAGUCUGGAAGAAAUCGAUUCGGAUGAUGAUGACGAAGAAACCGUACUGGAGUUGGCUGAUCGGUUGGAAGGUGUUAACUUCGAUGACGCUGACGCUAUAUGGGAACGAUUGACCGACGAAGAAAGGAAAGAGUUUCAAGGAAUGCUGGAGAAUGGAGACAUUAGUAAAAUACUGCCGGAGAUUAUACCCUGGUGGUUACGGGACUACAAGGUGGAGCUAAUUCAGCCAUCCGGCAACGAUGAUACAUCCGAAGGAGAGAAGUUUCUUCUGGAACAGUGUCCUGCUAUACGGACAAAUGUUACGGAUGUUACUAAUCUGUCUAGUAAAACGCCUUCGCCGUUAAUUAAAUUUAAUUUGAUUAAUAUACUGGCAGGCUACAGCUUCCUUUAUCGGUAUUUUAACGGUGACUUUGAUGGGUGUACUCAGGAAGCGGCCAACAUUCUAAUAUCGAUUAGUGGGAAUCUAAAAGCGAAUAACGUGUAUGACUCGGAAGCGAUAGCUGUAAAAGCGGUAUGCCACGAUUGCCAGGUGGAACAUCUACCGAGCGAUGAGGACACCAGUCGUUUACUGAGCGAAGACGUACGGGCGCUACUUCGAGGACCACCGAGCUGUGGAGCGAAACAUCGAAAGCAUUUCCUACUGGCGGCACUGUCGGACAUCCGCCGGUUGUUCGGUCAAGCUAAAACUUACAGCACCCAAAAAGUACUUAAGGCGGCAGUGAGUGAAAGUGAAGGUUCUAAAGGAGCAUUUAGCACCAAAUACAACAACGCAGAUGCUGGUCAUCGGAAAAAUGUCGAACUAGCCAAGUUGAAAGCUUGUUUAAAGAAAAUUGACUAUAUGUUGGCAUAUGUUCAGUACCAUAUGUAA